GCUCAGCCCGCUCGGGGGCUCCGGCAGCCGCGCGGCCCCUGCAGGGAGCAGGGUGGGGACAGGCACCAUCCACGACGCCUAAGGCGCCGGGAAGUGGAAGGCCCCCGCAGUGGAGGCAGGCCCCGCCCGGCCCUGGGCCCCCGCGCCGCCUGUCAUGUUCGUGCCGUGCAGCACCGCGGCGCGCCGCGACUUCAAAGGCUUCACGCUGCUUAUGCCAUCUGUAUCAGUGGGAAAUGUUGGCCAACUAGCGAUAGACUUGGUUAUUUCUACACUUGACAUGCCUAAAGUGGGUUACUUCUACACUGAUUGCCUUGUGCCAAUGGUUGGGAAUAAUCCGUAUGCAACAGCAGAAGAAAACUCAACAGAAUUGAGUAUAAAUGCAGAAGUAUAUUCAUUACCUUCUAAGAAGCUUGUGGUUCUUCAGAUUAGAUCACCAUUUAUUAAGAAUAAAUACAGGUCCUUUUCUCAAACUGUUCUUUCUUGGGUGAAAAGCAGUAAAUGUGCCAGAGUUAUUCUUCUGUCUAGCAGUCAUGCAUACCAGCGUGAUGAUCAGCAGCUUCAUAGUACACCACUGCGGUAUCUGCUCUCACCUACAAUUCAGAAAACAGUUGGAGAUCAGAUGCAGGAGCUAAACUGGAAAGAGAUGGAAAAAGUAGCAGUUUACCCUGAAAUAAACAAUGCAGAGAAGGUUCUACAUAUCCCUGGAGGUGGCAUCACAAAGUUAUUGUUCACUGAGAGUUGUUCUAAAGGAAUCCCAAUGGCUGUUCUACUGAAAUUUUGCUCAGAAGGGGAUAAUAUCCCUGAUGCACUUGCUCUGGUUAACUAUCUUAAUGAAUGGCUCCAGCUAAUUAAAAAUGAACUAUACCAUGUCAUGAACACUGAGGAGUGUUUGAAGAAGGCCUGUGACACAAGUAGAUCAAACUCCAAGACACUAAAAUCAUGCAGCAAAGACAUCAGAUUUUUCUCCUGCCUGAAAAAUACAUAAUCAAAUAGAAAACUAUACGGACCAAUUCCAACUCUUGUAAUCUACAGCAAGUGGUCUGUAAUGGAUGUGCAGGUGUUUGUUAGUGAUUUGUUUGUAAAAGGUGCACGUAAGUUGUGAGAAGCUAUUCAUUUGAAUGUCAGAACAUUAUUAUUUUUCAAGAAACUAAUACUUGUAUGUAUGGCGGACGGGUGAGGAGUGGGAGGUCACAGUUAAGAUUUGAAUCAGAAGCUCAAGAUCAUUUCAGAACCUAGCAUGCUAGUUGGCAUUUCACAUUCUAAUAAAUGGAAACUUAUGUUAAAAGUAAGUGCUCUUAUGAUUGUCAAGCACCCUGGAAACAUCAACAAUGUAUCACGUGGCUUAGACUGUUGUAAUUUUCUAAAACCUUAAGAAAAAAAAAGUCUAGUCUGACUGGAGUGAGCAUUUGGUAAUUUGUUUUAAUGCAGCUAGGAUGUCACCCAGAAUUCUUUUAUGGAAUUCCUUAAAUUUCUUCCUCAAUCACAUUAAAAUGUAAAUUAAUUAUA